UAUUUUUAUAAGAAGUUCUGGGGAUUGAACCCAGGCCCUUGUGCAUGCUAAGAAUAUGAUCUUUCACUUGAGCUAUACCCCCCUAAAUUAUCUUUAAUAAGGUCUUUUUCUCUGUUUUGUUAUUUUCUUUUAUGUACAGAUGCACAAAGCAGGGUCAUCAGAAGCCUCUCAAUUCCAAAGAUGAUUAUAGUGAAAAACAUUGCACAGUGACAGUGAAUCCUUGGAAUAUGAAGAAAGAUUGUAAAGUCCUGAAUGAAUUAAGAAGGAAUUGUUACAUUAACUUACAUGUAACCAUGGCUCUCUUACCUUUAUUUUUCACUUUAUAAUGAAGAUAUUCCUCACCCGUCAAGGUUGCUUUGUUAGAUAUAGGGAAUAUCUAAAGCCUUUUCUGGAAGUUUUUUAAAUAAAUAAGAGCAGAGAAAACUUGAGCCUAUGAAUCUAAACUCAUCUGUGAUGGUCUGCAGCUGGGAGCAAGCAGAUCAGUGUCAGUCCCUUUGCAGCCGUUGGCUGGGAGCCUGCAUGUUCCCUGGAAUGAUAUUUGAAACAUGUCACCCUAGCCGUGCCUUUGCUCUGGACUGGGAGGCGAGUCAGUCAGAAUCUGCAUUAUGGAAUGUUUUGGAUGACAAGCUUGUAUUUGCAAAUGUACACACCCUGUGGGAGGUGCUCUGUACAUACGCUGAGAUACUGUACAUAAAAUUGCCUCUGAAUCCCAAUCAUCUGAAAACCGUGUCCUCAGCCUUUGAUACCUUCAGCUGUUUUAUGAAAGUCCUCCAAGUGGAUGAAAGUAUCAACAACCGGAACAAGAGUUUUUCAUUGCCCUAUUUGAGAAGAGCUGCGUGAACGACUUUUAUAUUCAGGAUAGAGAUACAUUCAUCAAUCCAACCACCAGGAGCCUCACUGGACUCCAUCUGAGAUGACAGCAACCCCUCAAAUUCAGAAGCACUUCUCUAACUGACAACAUCUCGCAUGAAAUGAAGUUUGUAAAAUUGCAACUUCAGCCUCCAUCAGAGGACCUCAGCUGCCCCAGCGAACAGGGCCUUCUGUACAGGGAAUGUGCUCCUCCUCGAAGCAUAGACAAGAAGCAGCCCUUAGAUCUCAUCAGGAAAUUCUACGGAGAGAAGGUCGGAAUCUACUUUGCUUGGGCUGGGCUAUUACAUUCAGAUGCUCCUCCUGGCAGCAGUCGUGGGGGUGACUUGCUUUCUUGUGACCCAGGUGGCUGUCUCCUUGAACUGAUGAUGCAGCUGACAAUAAUCAUGGGAGGACAGUCCAUCUGGAAUAACAUACAAGAGGUGUUACUUCCCUGGGUCAUGAAUCUAAUGAUGCCACAGUUUCGGGAGCAGAACAGACCACCCCACGAUGGGAAUGGGACAACCAUCUGUAUCCAACGGGCAAACUGGGGUUAUUUUAUGAAUACCCUGAAAUGAGAGUAAAAGAAUUUAUGUUGUCCUUCCAUCCAUCCACCACUCCAUGUUUUGUGUCCAUUCCUUCAACAGGUAUUCAGUUUGGGUUCACCACAGUAUAUGUGGCCUCUUUCCAGUGGCCCCUCUGUUGGCUCUGGAGAACAAUAUAUUGGAAAUCAGAGUGGGUACGUGGAACCUUGACUACCCAGUAUAGACGCAUUGUGCCAGAAAAAGCCCAGAACAUCACAGCAUGGCAGCCCACCAUGCAAGGAACAGCAAUUCUGGCUGUGGUGGACCAAUGUGAAUAAAAAGGCUUCAUUGGGUGAAGACUUAGAAAAGUACAAAAAUGCAUUGGCGUUGUUUCCUAAGGAAUCUAGUGUUGGGUACUGUUUAAUA